UAAUCUGAAUAAAAUCUUGAGAAUAACAGGAAUUCCAUCCUAUUCACAAAAGGAACGAAAAGAAAACAAAAAUGGACAGAAAGAAAGUGUAUAUAACCUUGAACAUUGAUCAUUCAAUUCCGAACAUCGGGUUUGCGGCGAUAAGGAAUUGUACACAUCAAGUUUUCAGUAUCAAUGACCUUUAGCGUCCUCAGUGAAUCCGUGGUGACCACCCUGCUUUUCGGGGUCAUCAUCACUGUGUCCUGCGAUACCACCGACGUUAAUUCAAAAAUGGCAACAACCAAUUCAUCGGAUGAUAUCAAAGGUCUCCAAGACAUUGAGACGCCCGUUGGAGCUCGGCUCUCAGGGAAAUAUCGCAAGAGUUUCGCUUAUUUUACGAUGAAGGAUCGAGCUCCAGUGAUAUUAACUAAAAUUAUAGAUACAAUGAGCAGAAAUAAGGAAUCAAUUAUCAAUAAAUAUGGAAAGGAAGCGUCUGAGGAAUUGAAACAAGUCAUGGGGAAUAUCAGCCAAGUGAGGAGUGAAUUAAUGACCAAUAAACCACUACAACUGCUGACUUUAUCGAAUAGCGAAAAGAACGGCGAUGCAAGGCUUUGGAAUGAUUACAUUCGUGAUAAGGGAAUUAAUGAUUCUUCGCCAGUCACGUGGUUUGAAACUGAUUGGCUCCUCUGUGAAACGUAUAUGUAUAGGAGAUUGUGGCAGUUUUAUGCAUUAACCAAAACAUUGUCAUCACUGGACUGUUUCGAGGAGCAAAAAGAGUACGCUUUCACUGGCGCAUUGAACUCGAUAUCAGAGCUCGCUAAAUACACGUUAUAUCUCGCUAACAAAUCUGAACAUCAUUCAGAGGAUAAGAAAAAGGAGGAAUUUCAAGCGCUGAUGAAGCUGAAUCUCUGGGGAAAUAGGUGCGACCUGUCACACAGCGUUGGUGCCGCUAUCAACGCUUCCGAGCAUUGUGGACCGGCAGACAGCUUAUCGACGAUCGACCCAAAUCUCUUAAUCGACGAUUCCUCAGCUGUCUGGGAUCUCCUUAACAAGAGAGGAACGGACGAAGACAUCGUUGUCGACGUUGUAUUAGAUAAUGCCGGAUAUGAAUUUUUCACUGAUUUGUGUCUGGCUGUGUUCAUGACACACCAUAAACUAGCAAAAAAAAUUCGAUUCUAUGUGAAGAAGCAUCCCUGGUACAUAAGUGAUGUAACUGGGAAGGACUUCAAGUGGACGAUAGAGUCCAUGAAGAAUUCUUCGGAUUCCAGUGUUCAAGAGUUCGGGGAUAUUUGUGAGAAUUAUUUAAAGCGUGGAGCCUGGAGUAUUGAGGAUGAACCAUUCUGGACAUCACCAUACGAUUUCUCCCAAAUGAAGAGCGAAGCACCAGAUUUGUAUUCAAAACUAUCUGAAUCCAAAUUAGUCAUCUUCAAAGGAGAUUUGAAUUAUAGAAAACUCGUCGGAGACAUCAACUGGGAGUCUACAACAGACCUAGUGACAGCACUCCGGGGAUUCAGGCCCAGUAAUUUAGUCACUUUGAGGACGCUCAAAGCUGAUGUGUGUGUGGGGUUGCCACCUGGGAAAGCCGUUGAAUUGCGUAACAAACAUGGCAAUAAUGACUGGUUGGUGUCUGGUCAGUAUGGUGUAAUUCACGCAACAAUCGAUGCUCAGGUGAAUUAAAUUCCAACGGGACCGAAGAAUUAAGCUCAAUGUCUUUUGAAUAUCUGUUCAGUCCUUUAUUAUUUAAACGUGCAAUAUAAUGCAUCCAAAAACUUCCUGAUGGAGAACAAAACUCUCAAAUUUGUGUAUAAUUUGUAUAAAUAAAGGAUAAGCUGCAAACAUUGUGGGUUCAUUCAAUGACUAGACUGA